GUUGGUAGUAGGAAAGUUCUCCGUCGACACUCGAAAGGAGUUAGGGGACGGGAGUGAGCUCUGAAGCGCAGCAUCAUCUUCCAUCACGAGCGAAACUGGAGACGUUGGGUAUCCAUAUUUGAUUUAUAGCUUGAAGGCAGGCAAACCGACGCCCCACCUCUCGUCUGCCCUCCUCUCGCCCAGUGGUACUCUCACAUCGACUUCCGUCGGUGGAGAAAUAGGAGGGAGCAGUCAAAGGGGCACUUAAUUUUGUUUACACUUUCCCCCUUCCAUUAACGGGCGGAACUGAGCUGCGAGCAUAUUUGUCGGCGUUCUCUCAAUCGCUGAUCAUCUACGGAGAUUGCAGGAUUAUGCGGCAGAGCAUACGACGACAUCUUUUACUUGCAACCAGAUACUACUCUAGAAUUUCUCCUCCUCCACCUGCUUAUGCCAGGCCUGUCAUUAGAGUUUCCAACAACGUAGCGCAGUUGGGUAGUCCUAAAGAAGGCUCAAAGCCCCGGCAGCUCCUAUCGCUGCCCCCAUUUCCUGGCUACCCUUUGCCCAGGAAGAAUCAGAUUGGUUUCUCUGGGGAGUCAACUCACGUCACUGCCAUAACAUGGGUCAAGCAUUACUUUGAUGAAAUUGAAGAUUCUGUAAUUCAGUCCCAUUUCAGAAAAGGUCUUGUCCAGGUGCAAUGUCCACAAUCAGGUGGCUUGGAUGGAGAAGGAAAUUUGAAACCUAUGAGAAAGAUUAGGAGUAAUGAGAUUAUGGAAACUGGGGCACGAGUCCAUAUACCUGUGUCCGUUGCAGAGAUGAGGGUUUCUAGGAGAUUUGACACUAUUCCAAGUGGCACAUUGCACCCAAACGCGGAUGAAAUCAAGUAUUUGCAAAGACUUGUCAAGUACAAGGAUUCUGCUAUUCUCGUGUUAAAUAAACCCCCCAGACUACCCGUCAAGGGGAAUCUUCCAGUUCAUAAUAGUAUGGAUGCGUUGGCGGCUGCUGCAUUAUCUUAUGAUUAUGAUGACGGUCCCAAGUUGGUUCACCGUUUGGAUAGAGAGAGCAGCGGGAUUAUCUUGAUGGGGAGAACAAAGGAAAGUGUAGCCCACCUUCAAUGGCUAUUUAGCAAUAUAAGAAAUGCGAAAUCUUCAUGUAAGGCUUGGGACGAGGCGUGUAAUGCAACAUAUCAAAAGUAUUGGGCAUUAGUAAUUGGUUGUCCCAGAGAAAGAGAAGGCCUAAUCUCGGCUCCCUUGUCAAAGGUGCUUCUUGAUGAUGGGAAGACCGAGAGGGUUGUCUUGGCAAACAAAACAUCCUUGGAAGCUUCUCAGGAGGCAAUCACUGAAUAUCGUGUGCUUGGUCCCACAAUAAAUGGUUGUUCAUGGAUUGAACUAUGCCCACGUACGAGCCGAAAGCAUCAGCUACGGAUCCAUUGUGCUGAAGCUCUGGGCACACCUAUUGUUGGCGACUACAAAUACGGUUGGUUUGUACAUCGGACGUGGAAACAAAUGCCCCGGGUCGACAUCGAGCCAAUAAGUGGGAAGCCAUACAAGUUGCGAAGGCCGAAAGGGUUGGAUGUGCAAAAGGGGAGUGUUUUAUCCAAGGUGCCCUUGUUACAUCUUCAUUGCAGAGAGCUUGUUCUUCCCAAUUUAGCGAAGUUCCUUAAUGUUUUGGAUGACAAAAGGUCGAUCAGCCACCACCGGGUAUCUUACUUCAACUCAGAUCUCUUACGUUUUGUAGCAAGAAUGCCUUCCCAUAUGAGAAUUAGCUGGAAUUUGAUGUCUUCCUAUUUAGUAUGAGUAACUUAGAGUUAUCAUAGGUGGAUCGUAAUAGGAUUAUUUAUUCAUUUGUUGUGUUUUAUUUUUCGGUUAAAUUAUAUAUUUAGCGAGUGAACUUCUCUUAAUCACUUUCUCACGAGACUUAGUACAAUUUGAGACAGGAAUGUUUGGGAUGUCCUAACUA